AUGGGCUUUAUCUCCAUGGUCUCCCUUGGAGACUGGAAUUUAACGUGGUACACGGAGAACCCGGAUUUUACCCCGUGCUUUCAGAACACCGUCCUCGUCUGGAUCCCUUGCAUUUACCUCUGGGCUUGCUUCCCGUUCUACUUUGUGUCCCUCCGCAACCGCAACAAGGGCUACAUCCAGAUGUCACACCUCAACAAAGCCAAAACAGCCAUCGGCUUCUUACUAUGGAUAGUCUGCUGGGCAGACCUUUUCUACUCUUUCUGGGAAAGAAGUCGCCAUAUUUUCCAACCUCCAGUUUUCUUAAUUAGCCCUACACUUUUGGGUAUAACCAUGCUGCUUGCCACUUUUUUGAUACAGUACGAGAGGAUAAAAGGAGUCCAGUCUUCCGGAGUGAUGUUGCUUUUCUGGCUUAUCGCGCUCCUGUGCGCUGCCGUACCUUUUAGGUCAAAAAUCAUGCACGCCUCAAGCACGCCUGCAGGAGUCGAUGUGUUUCGCUACAUUACCUUCUACGUCUACUUCUCUUUGGUGCUAACUCAGCUUAUAUUGGCCUGCUUCCCAGAACGCCCGCCUUUAUUUUCAGAAACCGUUCAUGACCAUAACCCCUGCCCGGAAUCCAGCGCCUCUUUCCUCUCCAGGAUCACCUUCUGGUGGAUCACCGGGCUGAUGGUCCGGGGCUACCGGCAGCCCUUGGAGGCCAAGGACCUCUGGUCGCUGAACAAGGAGGAUACAUCGGAAGAGGUGGUUCCCGGUUUGGUGAAGAACUGGACGAAGGAAUAUGCAAAAGCCAAGAAGCUCCCGGAGCCGGUGAUGUACUCGCCCAAGGCGGCCACCCAGUCGGGCAACUCCCACGGGGACGGCAUGGAAGAGGCGGAAGCUCUCAUCAUCAAACCGUCUCGAAGGGAACGAGAGCCCUCCCUGUUCAAGGUUUUAUACAAAACGUUCGGGCCCUAUUUCUUCAUGAGCUUCCUCUUCAAGGCCUUUCACGACCUCCUGAUGUUUGCGGGCCCUGAAAUGUUGAAGUUGCUCAUUAACUUUGUCAGCGACCGAGAAGCCCCCAGUUGGCAAGGCUACCUGUACGCCGUGCUGCUCUUCAUCUCCGCUGGGCUGCAAACCUUGGUCCUCCACCAGUACUUCCACAUCUGCUUUGUGACCGGCAUGAGGCUCAAAACCGCCGUGAUCGGCGCCGUCUAUCGGAAGGCCUUGGUCAUCACUAAUUCUGCGAGGAAGACCUCAACCGUCGGGGAGAUCGUCAACCUGAUGUCGGUGGACGCCCAGAGGUUCAUGGACUUGGUGGCCUACAUCAACAUGAUCUGGUCUGCCCCUCUGCAGGUUAUCCUGGCGCUGUAUUUGCUGUGGCAGAAUCUAGGUCCCUCUGUGUUGGCCGGUGUGGCCGUCAUGUUGCUCCUGGUCCCAGUGAACGCCGUGAUAGCAAUGAAAACAAAAACCUAUCAGGUUGCGUACAUGAAGAGUAAAGACAACCGGAUCAAGCUGAUGAAUGAAAUUCUCAACGGGAUCAAAGUGCUCAAGCUUUACGCCUGGGAACUGGCCUUCAAAGACAAGGUCCUGGAGAUUAGGCAGGAGGAGCUGAAGGUGCUCAAGAAGUUGGCCUACCUGGCCGCCAUCGGGACGUUCACGUGGGUGUGCGCCCCGUUCUUGGUAGCUUUAUCAACGUUUGCUGUUUAUGUGACAGUUUCUGAGCUGAACGUUCUGGACGCCCAGAAGGCCUUUGUCUCCCUGGCGCUCUUCAACAUCCUCCGGUUCCCCCUCAACAUGCUUCCGAUGGUCAUCAGCAGCAUCGUCCAGGCCAGCGUGUCUCUGAAGCGCCUCCGAGUGUUCCUCUCCCACGAAGAGUUGGAUCUGGACAGAAUCGUCCGAGGUUCCAUCAAAGACGUGGACGGCAACAGCGUGGUUGUGAAGAACGCCACCUUCAGCUGGUCCAGGAGCGACCCGCCUUCGCUGCAUAACAUAACUUUCGCAGUCCCGCAGCGCCGCUUGAUUGCCAUCGUCGGUCAGGUUGGCUGCGGCAAAUCGUCCCUGCUCUCGGCGCUUCUGGGGGAAAUGGAAAAGCGAGAAGGUUUCGUCUCUAUUCAGGGCUCAGUCGCCUAUGUCCCUCAACAAGCUUGGAUCCAGAACGCGACUCUGGAGCAGAACAUCCUCUUUGGGAUGGAAAUGAAGGGGAGCCAGUAUAAGAGGGUGCUGGAGGCCUGCGCCCUGCUGCCGGAUCUGGAGAUUUUCCCAUCAGGAGACCAGACCGAAAUCGGAGAAAAGGGCGUGAACCUGUCCGGUGGCCAGAAGCAACGGGUCAGCCUGGCUCGGGCGGUCUACUGCAACGCUGACGUUUACUUGCUGGACGACCCCUUGUCGGCUGUCGACGCCCACGUCGGGAAACACAUUUUCGAGAAGGUCAUCGGGCCCAGGGGACUCUUGAAGAACACAACCCGGAUUCUAGUCACCCAUGGGGUGAGCAAUUUGCCCCAGAUGGAUACAAUCAUCGUGAUGACCCAGGGCAAAAUAUCUGAGAUGGGCUCGUACCAAGAGCUGCUCAAGCAGGACGGCGCCUUUGCGGAGUUCCUGCGUACGUACGCCAGCGCCGAGCAGAACAUGGACAGGCACGAUACCAACAGUCCAGUCACGAAAGAAGAAAAACACGUGGAAAAUGGGGUCCUCGCGAAUGAAUCCUCGGGAAAACCAGUGAUCAGACAGCUCAGCAAUUCAUCCACCUACAGCAGCGAGACCGGAAAAUCUGUGCAGCAGAACAGCACGGCGGAGCUUCAGAAGGUGCCAGCAGAGAAAAGUGCCUGGAAAUUGACAGAAGCCGAUACGGCCAAGACCGGGAAGGUGAAGCCCACCGUCUACUGGGAAUACAUGAAGGCCAUCGGGCUCUUUGUCGCGUUCCUGAGCAUCUUCCUCUUCAUCUGCACCCACGUGGCCUCUUUGUCUUCCAACUACUGGCUGAGCUUGUGGACGGACGACCCCGUCGUCAACGGGACCCAGAGAAACACGGACCUCCGCCUGACGGUCUAUGGGGCGCUGGGGCUCUCCCAAGGCAUCAGCGUCUUCGGCUACUCCAUGGCCCUGUCGAUGGGAGGGAUCUUCGCCUCUCGCUGGCUUCACCUGGACCUGCUGUACAACGUCCUCCGCUGCCCGAUGAGCUUUUUCGAACGGACGCCCAGUGGGAACUUGGUGAACCGCUUCUCCAAAGAAAUGGACACCAUUGACUCCACCAUCCCCCAGAUCAUCAAGAUGUUCAUGGGCUCCCUGUUCAACGUCAUCGGGUCCUGCAUCAUCAUCCUCUUGGCCACUCCGGUCGCUGCCGUGGUGAUCCCACCUCUGGGGUUCGUGUACUUCUUUGUGCAGCGCUUCUACGUGGCCACCUCCCGCCAGCUGAAGCGCCUGGAGUCGGUCAGCCGCUCCCCCAUCUAUUCCCACUUCAACGAGACGCUCCUGGGCGUCACCGUCAUCCGAGCCUUCGGAGAGCAGGAGCGCUUCAUCCGGCAGAGCGACCUGAAGGUGGACGAGAACCAAAAAGCCUAUUUCCCGAGCAUUGUGACCAACAGAUGGCUUGCAAUCCGGCUGGAGUACGUCGGGAACUUCAUUGUCCUCUUUGCUGCUCUGUUUGCAGUCAUCGCUCGGCACAGCCUCAGCCCAGGGCUGGUGGGCCUCUCCGUCUCAUACGCACUGCAGAUCACUACUUACUUAAAUUGGUUGGUCCGGAUGUCGUCCGAGAUGGAAACAAACAUCGUAGCCGUGGAAAGAGUGAAGGAGUACUCUGAAAAAGAAAAAGAGGCAGAAUGGACCCUCAAGCCGGCCACCCCACUGCCGAGCAACUGGCCGCACGAAGGCAAGGUGGAGUUCCGAGGCUACAGCCUUCGCUACAGAGACGACAUGGACCUGGUGCUGAAGAACAUCAACGUCACCCUCAACGGAGGAGAAAAAGUGGGCAUCGUGGGGAGAACCGGAGCCGGGAAGUCGUCCCUCACCCUCGGCUUGUUCCGGAUCAAUGAGGCGGCCGAAGGGGAGAUCCUCAUCGAUGGGGUCAACAUUGCGAAGAUCGGGCUCCAUGACCUCCGCUUCAAGGUCACGAUUAUCCCCCAGGAUCCCGUCCUGUUCUCUGGCUCCCUGCGGAUGAAUUUGGAUCCGUUCAACCAGUACUCGGACGACGAUGUCUGGACGUCUUUGGAACUGGCUCACUUGAAAAGCUUCGUGUCGACCCUCCCCGAUAAGCUCAACCACGAGUGUUCGGAGGGCGGGGAAAACCUCAGCAUUGGGCAACGGCAGCUCUUGUGCCUCGCCCGAGCUUUGCUUCGGAAGACCAAGAUCCUCGUCCUGGACGAAGCCACGGCAGCCGUGGACCUUAAAACGGACGACCUCAUCCAGGCCACGAUCCGGACUCAGUUUGACGACUGCACGGUCCUGACGAUAGCCCACCGUUUGAACACAAUCAUGGACUACACACGGGUGAUUGUUCUCGAUAAAGGCGAAAUUGUGGAGAGCGGAUCGCCUGCCGACCUCAUUCAGAAGAAGGGCCUCUUCUAUAGUAUGGCCAAGGACUCUGGCUUGGUGUGAUGUUGCAGGUCCCCUCGUUUUUUGGGGGGUGGGGUGUAAAGCCCAGAAGAGGACAGGUGAACCAUCGUUCCCUGGCGGAGGUGUGCAUCCAUCCAAAGACCUUUGCCACGAUACGGAAGCCAAAUAAUUUUCCUUAAGAAGCUUGAUGGUGUGACUUGAAGAAACACAACCUCCUUCCUUUCCACACAGAGACACACACACCCCACCCCUCCCUCCCUCGU